GCGACACUCCUACAUAAGUACCUGACCUUGAAACACAUUCACCCAUUUAUUACCUGGUAACCUCAAUCAAAAGGAUUACUUAUCAACAAAACAGAAUAAAUCAAUUACUUUCUUUCGCUAAGGUGCCUGUCUUCAAGUUAAUCAUUUUCCAUUCAUCAUCUAUCCGCCUUUUCUAUCUCACCUUACCGUGCCUGAUGAUUCGCACCUAAAAGCGAAAGUACAUACCGAACAGCUCCCGCCCACCCCCUCCAAGAUCGUCGUCGGCCGACCACGAAUUUUCCAGUUUUUCACCAACGAUGACUGCACAUACCUCGAUCAACGGAAACAUGGGAACGGGAGGCGUAGGUAUUGAUUCCGAGGGCAUGGCAGUCUUGCCCAAGAUUCAUAAGGCCUUGGAAGUCAUUCAUACUCCUUACUCCUCCAACGAUGACCGUAAAGAUGCACAACUAUUCCUCGAAGAAGUAAAGAACGACGAGAAGGCUUCCUUCUACGGCUUCCAUCUUGCCGUAGAUAAGUCUCAAUCUCCCGUCGUGCGACAUUAUGCCUUAUCCUUACUCGAGCAUGCGAUUAAACAUAAGUGGGCUUACUACAAUGAUGAGGAGGCUGCCGCCUUGCGCAACUGUGUUCUCGAGCUUUCCCAAGGCGUCUCGAGGGAUGAUCCCAUCUACUUGAGAAAUAAAAUCGCUUUAUUAUGGGUCGAGGUUGCGAAAAGGAGUUGGGCUGGAGAGUGGAUGGAUAUGGACGCCAUGCUCGUCCAGUUAUGGCAGGUUCCAGAUUCUGCUGUACACAAGGAGCUUGUCCUCGGUAUCCUAGAGAUGCUCUCGGAUGACAUAUUCAAUGGUGACGACACCGUGGUAGCUGUUCGUGAGGGUAUCCUUAGUAAGGCAUCUGUCGAGAUUUUUACUCCUACUGCCGUCCUAGUAGAAACCUUCCCCAAUCGCCAGGUAGGUCCCGACGUUAGAUGUGGCGACGAGGGUUGGCUCGCCAGAAUCACCGAUCUUCUAAAUCAUUGCUUAUCCGGUGACGUACAACACAAUCCCGAACUGCGAAGUUGUGCCGUUCGAGCUCUUGCCGUACUCUAUUCACUAUUACCAUGGGUCGUCCCGAAUGCCGUCACUGCUACCGGAUGCGUACAAGUAAUGUGUGAAGGACUUCGUGCUUCUCAUAUUGAAGUCCAAAAGGCAUCUUUGGAAGCCAUGCAUUCAUUAUAUGCUCGUACAAGCUUUGUCGACCAGGAAUUUUUAGACCUCGUCGUCCCACUGUAUGGUAGCAAAUACGUUGACCUAUUCAGACGACUUUUUGAAUGGUCGGUAGUUGAUCCGGAGGACAUCGAUGACGACAAGUAUCAAUUCUCCAAGAAGUUAUCUGAGGUAAUUUCGUUCCUUGGAACGUAUAUGGACCGUCGAUUCAAUGUUCUACCAAACGAUUCGGAUCGGAUCGACUUCAAAGGAUUCUUACAACUUCUCCUAUUGAUUACCCAGAGCCAGAGUUUGGUUGUUUCGAUUCCUGUUCUUGUGACAUGGACUCGACUAUUGAACAACCGAUCCCUUGGUCCCAACAUUGCAGAUGUGCCAACGUUUAUUGGACCACUUCUUGAAUGUUGUAGCUCCAGGCUUGUUCGUUAUGAAAACCUGCCUGAAGAUACUCAGGAUCCUACCUUUCAACUACUAUUGGAAGAUACCGACACGAUUCCGGAGCGUCACGCUUUUCUCGGCAACUACCGACGUUAUAGUUCCCAAGUGGUUGAGAGCAUUGUCCAACUGAAGAUCACGGACGCGAUGCAGCACAUUCUCGGCCAGACGGAGAAUGUAUUGGAACACCUUUACGACAAUAUUCCACCAUUUGAUAUGGCGACAUAUUCCAAGACAUCUCAACCUGUGCUCCGUGUCGAUGCUCAGGCGACAGUAAUUGAGGCAGCCUUAAAAGGGGUAGGAAAGUGGAGACAUUCUAAAGAAGAGCCCCAUCAUGAGCAGGAGAUUGCUACAUUAGAAGAAAACUUGGAGUCUUGGUGUAAUCGUCUGCUGGGGAUGAAAUUCGAGGACCCAUUGAUUAGGAAAAGAAUCCUCCAGCUUCUUGUGGCCUUUUCCGUUAUGGCACUCGACAGGAACCCAAGCUUUAUGCUAAAGGUUCUUGAGCAUAUUCUAGUGACAUGGCCAGCUACACACCCCGAUUAUCGUGUGUAUACGGAUGCAAUCAAAGAACUUCAAGCCGAAAGCAUGGUUGAGCUGCAGAGACUUGCUGCCAAGAUGCCGGAUCAUCUACUUGAUGUUUAUGAUCAAAUAGAGGCAAAGGUGAAUGAGAUGAUUUCUUCGGGAACACUUGAUGAGAGACGUCAGAUCACCUACCAGACCUUCUUAUUUACUAUUGUGCAUCGUUCUACCCGACUAGACCAGGCCACAAAAGCACAGAAAUUGCGAGGAUUCAUCGACCCCGUAGUUACCCAAUGGCAAAACGACAACUUAAAGCAGGCAUUGUCAUCAUACGCGGGCUUUUGCGAACUUAUGGCGCUUGAUAAAGCACAGAGUUAUCUAGCACGAAAGCAAAUGCAGAACAUCGCGGAUUGGGGCUCUGUGGCACUCGAUGCCGAGGGCCAGGCGUUGCAAGCAGAGCUCGAAGAACGACAGACUGUUCUUCCUCUACGGCCCACCAAGUCAUUCUUGACCUGCUCAGUUGAUAAGGUGGAUAAGGAAUCUGAUGCGUACCAAGUCUCAUGUGCCUUGUGGCAGGACGGGUUUCCUGUUAUCCUCCCUGAGUUACUCAAUUUCUUGAACCACGCACAUGCUUCCCAUACUGCUGACAAUUGGGUGGGAUUGCCACCGGAGACUAGGUCUAUUGUUAGCCGCGUUCUCACCGACCGAUUCUGGCAAGCAGGCAUCUCGGAAGGAAGUAAAGACGAAUUCUAUGCCAGAGUGCUUGAUAAGAAACACACUCUAGAAGGACUUGCGUCGACGAUCCGAGGAAGCAUUCGAUUUGUCCGCGAAUCUUGUUAUGCGAUUAUUUACUGCAUGACACGCUUAGACGUACAAUUCUACGGAUUUAGCGAGCUGCCAGGACCCUUAGCCCACGCUCUCCUAGCCGACUCUUUCAGUCUCUCGGCCCAUCAGUUAAUCAAUGUCCUUAACUUGGUUAGAUAUCUGGUGGACAACUGCCCGGUUCCGCUACGAGAUCAUUUUCUUCCGCCCAUCUUGGCCGCUUGCUGUCUCCAGAUGAAUACUAGGAUAAAUGCCGAGUGGGAGAAGCUUGAUCAACAGCAGGCGGUAAAGACGGGAGGAGAUGCUUUGACUGAAGAGAUGAAGGCGGAGAGCAUAUUAAGGCAAUUAACCUACGCGUCUGUGAUGAUGGUUGCAGACUUUCUGGAUCCGGCUAGAACUAACCCUCCGACCUCAAAUAUGGGAGAUAAUGGGGAAAGGCAAUACCCUACUCUGCGAGAAUUCUGUCUCAUGCAUUCCUCUAUCGUGGAGCCCCUGUUGAUGUUCUGCGCCCACGCUAUCAGGUGGCGAGACUCGCGAUGCUGUGGAAUAAUGCUUAGAGUGUUUCGUUCCAUAAUUCCGGAUUUUGCGCCCGCAGACGCCAAUUCAUCACGGGCCGGGGGAGCAAGACAACACGUCGAUACAUCUCCUAUUCCCUCGGAAACGGCGGCAGCUAUUCGCGAGUAUAUAUCGUCUUCUGUCGUAAAGGCUUGCAUAACGUCUAUUCACGAACCCUACUUCGUUGAAUUGCAGAAAGACUUCGCUUCUCUCAUUGCCACGAUCGUAGUCACUUACAGCUACAUCACACAAACGGCACGAGAUGUGCUAAUAUCGCUUCCCAAUAUGAAGCAAGCUGAUGUUGACAGUGGUAUAGAAUACAUGAUGAGGAAGGAAACGAGCUCUCGUGGUCAACGAGCAGUCAUCCUACAACUGCUAGGCGAUUUGAAGGGGGUCAGUGUAUCCGAGAUGGGAAAGCUAAGUAAGAGCAUCGGAAUGCCUUCAACCAACCCCCCUACGAAGAGACCGAUCCGCAGCAAAAUGGCCCAGCAGUUCAUGACGGCUCCAGCACCAAACCACAACGGUUCUACAGCGGGCAACAACACCAACGGCCAUCAAGAUGGCAAUACGGAUAUUCUAGAAGGUGUUGCUAGCCUCUUCGAAUCAUAGAAUCGACUAAUUCUUUCUUAAAUCACCAUUGGAUUAAGAAUAUGAUCAAACAUGAUCGACUGAUGGAUCUCCGCGAGCAAAUCAAUCUCAAUUAUCUACCCGACCGGUAUCCGAUGCCAGUAGAUCUACUAAUCUAUGCUUGUCUGGGACAAGCAAGCAACGACCCAUUUCAGUGCUGGCGCAGAUUCAAGGCAGGAUAACAUUUAUGACAAGAUCUUACAGCCAGCUCUGCGCGUACACGACGUAAAAUUAUUUAAUAUCGUGCGAUGCUUUAGUUAGAGUGUAGCAUUCACAUGCUUCUGACAGAGUAAUGCAAAGAACAUAACCACG